AUGGCCUCGCACCGCAUCGGCGCGCGCGUCGCGGGCCUCUCGCCAGCGCAGCUGUGCGCCAUCAUCGAGGCGCAGGCGGGCGCGAGCGACGCCGCGCUGCGCGUGGCGGAGGAGCACGCCGCACGGCUGGUGGAGCAGCCCGAGUCGGUCCUCUCCGUCCUCCUCUCGCCGGACCUCGUGCCGCACAUCCUCGCCCAGCUGCCGACCACGGAGCACGCCGCCAAGGGGACGUGCCGCGCGUGGCGCAGCGGCUGGAAGGAGACGCUGAAGAAGCGCGAGAGGCCGCGCCUGAAAAAGAAAAUGCGAACGGCCAAAUACGGCGGGCACUUGAGCAAGCUCGGUGUGAUGAGCGGCUUCCUCGACGGCACGGCCGCCUAUGUCCUCUCCUUCACGUGA